CCGCUGGCUGCCGGCGCUGCACUUCCGGGCGCGGCGACGACCAUCUCGCGCGAGACUCGGUGUGAGGCGUUCGUUAUACCGGUACCACACAUCAAUACUGUAUAAUGGACCCGCAACUGGCAGGCCUGGAGAGCUACAACAACAACAACAAUAACACCAACAGCCCCAACAACCCCAACAAUACCAACAACAACAUUAACCACAAUGACCCCGGGGCCGUGGCCGUGGCCGUGCCUGUACCGGCGCCGCCACAGCAAGAAGUCGACGAGUUUCUUAGGAAGAAGAGAAAGGCGCGCGAGCACAAAGCGUGUUACCCUUGUCGCCAGCGUAAAGUGAAAUGCGAUCUCUCGCGCCCCUGCCAGACAUGCCGAGACAGAGACCAUCCCGAACUGUGUUCAUAUCACCCUCCCAACAAGAGACAGAACGUUGACGGGCAUCCACCUGCUGCCAUGAUGGGCGAUGCGCCCGCUGGACCGCUGCUCACUGCGCCUCCUGGACCCGGCUAUGUCGCUGUAGGUACAGGCCAGCUUGAUAUGUUGUUUCGCCAGCUUCACAGCCUCGAGAACGCCAUCACGGAAUUGAGACGUGAGGUGCGCCGAAAUACUGGUGAUCACAGUGGCAUGCACGAAAGCGAUGCCACCGAGAGCAGCAAUGGUCUUCGCUCGCAAAACCACACAGAUCUCCACGGCCUACACACUCGGAAUGAAUCUGGCGAGAUAGUGCAUCUUGGCGGUGGCUCUGUGCCCGCCAUGCUUUAUGCAUUGAGCCAAGGACAAACACCGGGCGCGCAAGAGCAACAGCAAUUACAGGAAUUCCUCGGCAAGUCUGUGCUACCCAUGUUCGGCCUCGACAAUGAGUCUGCGACAUACCCGUUCGUUGAUCUUUGGGGUCUGCCACACGGAUCUCUGCAACGUGCUCGUGAGCUUGCCAGAGCACUCCCCAAUGACAAUCAGAUCAUGACACUCUUUGGAAGCUAUCGCGACCUGGGCUACAUCAUAUAUCCAGGCAUUGCCGACAUGAAGCAGCUAGAGAACGAGCUCACCGGGUUCUUGAUUACUCGGUCUUCAUACCAGAACCUUGACGAUGGGGUCAGUGAGAACACGAUAUACGGCAAUAGCUUUUAUUGGCUCGGAAUGCUCUUUGCUGUACUUGCAAGCGGCGCCCAGUGUAGUGCAUUGACGCGCAAGGAACGGGAACUUACCUCGCAGGUGUACGUAUGUUGCGGGUUCGAAUGCUUGCGAUUCACGAAUUUCUUAUCUCAGCCACACGCCGAGAGCAUACAAGCGCUUCUCAUCAUCGGCAAUGUGAUGACCAACAAUAUGAAUGCGGGAACUGCAUGGUCGCUAUUGGGAUUGACCAUCAGGCUCGCCCAAGGCCUUGGCUUGCAUCAAGCAUGCCCACCUCACAACACUCACGAUGUUGUCCUCCCACGAUCACGAAUAUGGUGGGCUGUAGUGUGGCAAGACAGCCUCUUGUCCAUCACCUACGAUCGCAAUGCUUCUUUGGACGUGAAUACCAUGGCCAUGCCACAAAACUUCGGGCCCGUCAGCUCUUAUCAUGCAUCAAUGUAUCGCAUGUGUAAGGUGGGUCUAGAUAUUGUGCGCGAUCGAGCAAAAGCAGCGAGUUCUCGCGAUGCCGUCGCACGCAUUCAUCAGCACCGCGAGGAAAUCGCAAGUAUUAUGAGAGACUCGGCCGAGCACCUUCGCGAUUCCAGACAGUGCACAUCGAGCCAGGAGACACUGGAACAUUGGGCACUAUACCUGCACACUAGCUACGCGAUGUCUGAGCUCUGUCGGCCUGCGAUCAGUCCCAGAACUUCGAGCGAGCUGGUCAAGGCCUUUAAGCAAGUAUGUGUCGAGAAUCUGAUCAACACGGUGGAAGCAUUUCUCGGCUUGAACAACAUUACCUUCUUCGCACGGCAGUCGUGGGCCGCAGUGCAUCGGGCUUUGAGUUCAGCUCUUCUGAUCGGCAUUAUCGGCGAGCACAGGACGAACGAUCGUGCUCGCAGGCUGAUUGCCCGCUUCAUCGCGCUCAUGAGCGAUAUCACUUCGACCGUGGACCCCAGUGAGAUUUCCGCGCCAGUAAAACGCGGCGUCGCUGCUCUUCGCAAGCUGAACAUUGAGGAGGUACGAAGUGGAAGCUUUGGAGAUGCUGCAUCUCUUGCCUCGCCGGUAGAUGGUGGUGGUGGUGGUGGUGGUGGUGGUGUUGGCGGCGCUGUGGGUGGUAGUGACGCCAAAUUUGACCGCAGUCAAAUCUUCACGCCAGCCAACUCUGAGAGCGCCGGCACUGUGGAUGAAGAGAACUCUCCAUACUCGGUCCUGAACAGCAUCCUGUGGGGUAAUAACAAUGGCGCACUGUCGGGAGUCAACCCGCCUGUGUGAACGUUGAACAGAGACAUAAUAGUUUACCUGAUGAUGAUCACUUUGUCAACCUCCACAUCCGCAAUCCCGUGAAGAGUCAUGGCUGUGAUCUGAAGCACCAGUCGUGUGUUAGAGUGCUCCAAAUGGAAGGCGGUUGAUUCUACGGAUCUCGACAGAGUUCAACGGCUGUUUUGCGGGUGCAUAUCCCCGGC